GUUACUAUAUCAGUCCUACACAGUAACGCCGUAGCUAUUGUAAAGAUACGGUGUACCUAUUUCACGGUUAAAAAUGUUUGUUUUUGUAAUAAUAUUCAUGGUAGCUAUAGUAUACUACAUACACUUUAGACAUAUGCGAAAACCUUUAUAUGAAUUAGCGGAACAAAUGCCCACCAUUGGGGACCUCCCAGUUUUGGGACAUACACACUGGUUUAUAGGAGGGCCUGAAAGAUUGUUACAGAAUAUCCAGCAGUUGGCAGAACGUGUGGACUCUUUGGGAGGACUGUGUAAGCUCUGGAUCGGUCCGUCACUUUAUGUUGUAUCCCUGGAUCCUGAAGAUGUACAGAAAAUUUUGGAAAACUGUUUAGAAAAGGACUCGACAUACAAGUUUCUACGGACGUGGCUCGGAAAUGGUUUAUUUGUCGCCCCAGUGGACAAAUGGAAGGUGCACCGUCGCGCGGUCUUACCAAUCUUCAACAACCGGAUCAUAGAGGACUACAUAGAAGUGUUCGGCCAGCAAGGAGAAGUGCUCGCGCAGCGGCUCGCCGAGCAAGUUGGCCAGAAAGAGUUCGAUGUUUACAAGUACAUCACCUCUUGCAUGCUUGAUAUUGUCUUUGAAACAGCAAUGGGUGAGAAAAUGGACGUCCAACACAACCCCGACACGCCUUACUUGCGCGCGCGCAACUGCGUGAUGUCGAUCAUAAACAUGCGCCUGUUCAAGGCGUGGCUGCAGCCCGACGCGCUCUUCAACCUCACGCACUACGCCAAGAUACAGAAGGAAAACAUUGAUAUCACACACAAGUUCACUGAUGAGGUUGUACGUAAAAAGAAGGAACUCUUCGAUGCAGGAGGUUUUACCAAAGAAGGAAGAAAGGAUUUUCUUGAGCUGUUAUUAAGCAAAGACGCAAAGUUCACCAACAAGGAGUUGCGCGAGCACAUCGACUCCAUCACGAUAGCUGGCAACGACACCACAGCACUGGUCGUUGCUUAUACACUUCUUUUGCUGGGAAACCAUGAAGAGGAACAAGAGAAAGUGUUUAAAGAGCUGAAAGAUAUCUUCGGUGAUUCAGACAGGCUGCCCACCAGAGAAGACCUAAACAAAAUGGAAUACUUAGAAAGAGUGUUAAAAGAGACCAUGCGAUUGUAUACCGUCGUUCCGAUUAUUGCCAGAAAAACAGUAAAGGAAGUAAAAUUAUCGACCUUCACUCUCCCCGCCGGUGUGGGCUGCGCAGUCGCGCCCUUCGUGAUGCACCGGUCGAAGAAGCUUUGGGGCCCGGACGCGGAUUGCUUCAAUCCCGACCGAUUCUUGCCGGAGAACAGCGUCGACCGCCAUCCUUGUGCGUUCAUCCCCUUCAGCCAUGGAACUAGGAACUGCAUAGGCCGCCAUUUUGGGAUGUUAGCCAUGAAGAGUAUCCUAGCAACUAUGCUGAGAACCUACAAAGUGACCUCCAGAUCCAUCAACCGAUUUAAAAUUGAGAUCCUACUGUUCCCUGUGCCUGGUCAUAUGAUUUCUAUAGAAAGGAGAAAUACAAAGUGCAAUUAGUUUAGUUUAAAUGAUAGUACAUAAGUUAUUUUUAUAAUAAUAAAUUAAUUAGCGUAAGGCCCGGUGAUAUUGCUGUUCCGUAUUAAAGAAAUUGGUUUUUAGAAAUAUU